GCAGAGCUGCUCUCUAUUCCGGCGCGCGGAAUGUGUCUGCUAAUUUUCGUAGUUUCACCCGUUCUACCGCUAGAUGGCUGUCGCGCUAGACCAGUACCGUUUGCGGCGGAUAGUCGUGUAAUACCCAAAUACCGGCUUUAGUACACGACGACUACCCGUGUUAAAACUGAUUGCUGGGAGUGCUCAAAUAAAUACUUGAGUAAUGGGAAGAUGACAUUUCUCAAGGACAGUGAAUGUUGCCAUCAACACUGUUUGGUUCCAUCCAGAUUAAGCGCUUCUGUGUAGCGUACUGUUGUCAUUUUAGAUCUCGCCUUCACAGACUACACAUUUGUCAGAAAGGUAGAGCUGGUACACUUUCUGUUUCUAAUACACCUGGGAAAAUGUGUUCUGUGUCUAGACCAAGAAUUUGCACUCAUGAUGGAACUUUCCACUGCGACGAAGCUCUUGCUUGCUAUAUGUUGAAGAGAUUGCCGGAAUAUAAUGAUGCAAAAAUUGUCAGAACUAGAGAGGAAGCUAUUAUAAAAGAAUGUGAUGUUGUUGUUGAUGUUGGUGGUGUUUAUGACCCAUCAAAGCAUUACUAUGACCAUCAUCAGAGAAAUUUUGAUGAAAGUAUGAGUUCACUGUCUGAAAAGUAUAAGUGGAAAACUAAACUUAGCAGUGCUGGUCUUGUGUAUUUCCAUUUUGGCCAUAGAGUAUUGAAGAUAAUCCUAGACUCAACUGAUGACAAACUAAUAUCUGCUGUAUACGACAAGGUAUAUGAAUUCUUCAUUCAAGAAAUAGAUGGCAUUGAUAAUGGAGUACCUAUGUUCAACGGCGAACCAAGUUACAGAAUUUGUACCAACUUAUCAGCUCGUGUCGCAAGGUUAAAUCCAUUUUGGAAUGGUGUAAGUGACAGUGACAUAGAUAGAUUUAACGAAGCCUAUUGUCUUGUUGGAAAAGAAUUUGAAGACCACAUAAAAUAUUGGGCCCACGUUUGGUGGCCUGCUCAUGAUAUUGUUCGUAAGGCAGUAAAUAACCGUUAUGAGACACAUCCUUCUGGUGAGAUAAUGUUACUGUCAAAUGGUGGUUGCCCUUGGAAGGAUCAUCUCUUUGAGCUGGAAGAAAAGUUACACAUCGAGCCAACUAUAAAAUAUGUGCUGUUUCAAGAUCAAGCAGGGAAAUGGAGAGUCCAGGGUGUACCCAUUGCACCACAAAGCUUCGUGUGUCGCAAGUUCUUAUGUGAAGCUUGGCGUGGUUUGAGAGAUGAAGAGUUGAGUGUAAAAGCUGGGAUUGCAGGUUGUAUUUUUGUUCAUGCGACAGGUUUUAUUGGAGGAAAUAAAACAUACACUGGUGUUCUUGAAAUGGCUGCUAAGUCACUAACAGCUUAGCGUUUUCACAGUGUUUAAAAUGUCUGUGCAGUGAUAACAUUAAAGUACUAUGUACCAACCCAGUCAUUACCUUUGUAUGUAUGAUAACAUAUGGCAUUCAUCAAUUUUGUGUUGUAAAGAUUUUUUUUUCCAGCGGAUGCUACAUGGGCAUAAACAACCUGACCAGGGGUGUGUGUGUGUGUGUGUGUGUGUGUGUGUGUGUGUGUGUGUGUGUGUGUGUGUGUGUUUGGGGGGGGGGGGUAUUAGUCUUGCAGUGAAUGGUGAAAUAAUUUUGAAAUUUCAUGACAAAUGGAUCAAGUACCAGUUUUAAAAAUUGAAAUAUUUAGGUAAGUAUUAUUUGUACACCAAAUUAAAGGGGAAUCGGAAAUUUUCGAAAUUUGAACUGAAGCAGCUGUAGCUUUAGUGAACGAGGGUUCUUGGUAAAAUACAUAAGAUUAUUCAUUUACAGUGUGACUGCUUCUGUAACAUACAAUUUUUACAAGGUAAUAAUGGCCAGAAUCGAAGUAUCUCGCUAAAACAAUUUUAAUAGUUGAUGAUUAUGUUGUUUCAUGUACCUACACAUGUAAUAAAAUGAAGAAAUCCCACAAUGGUAGUAACUGUUAAAAUGACACUACGAAAGACUUAAAAAUGGGACUACACAGUAGACCAAUAAGUAAAUACCACUGUAUAAAAAAAUUUGACAGUGGCAUCACUAGAACUUUCAUCGCAUUUAGGAUCAUUAUUUCUGCCAAAACCAUUUAAGAUGCAGACUACAUUUCUACUUUAGUUGGUUUAAGAUUAUUGUCUACUGCUACAACUGCACAGUCUCCAUCACAUGGAGCCCAUAUUUUCUUAAAACAUCUAAGACUCAGACGGCGGUCUGGCCAUGAGGGCAGAAUGGACUGUUGCCUUCUAUGGUCAGCUGUGACUUAACGGAGACCGGACAGGGUGCAGCGAUCUAUUUGUUGAAUGUUGCUCAUUGUAAGUAAGUUAGGUGUUUUGCAGUAAAUAUAAGUACACAAAAGUCAAGCAAGUAGUUGCCUGAUAUAGUAAACAAGAAGACUAUGAUGACUUUCACUUUCUUUGCAAGGAAGACUGUUUCCUCGGUUAUUUCGUAUAUCUCAUGAACCGUGGGAACUGUUACAUAGGUUCAUAGAGUGGAAAAUCUUAUCUAGCUACAGUUGUGCAUAAUUAAUUGUCUUAUCAAAAUAUACAAAGUGAAAAUAGACAUCUGAGAAUUUUAUUAAAUAUUUGCCAGAAUAAUAAUGUAUUAUUACUAUGUACAAGCCUACUCAGCAUAGGAAUAAUCACAAUCUGAAAUAUGCAUUUAUGCAAGUAUACACUUAUUUCUAAAUAUACAGAAUAAAUUAUUACUGCUUUGAUUCA